ACCGAAGGCUAACGCCCACUGAUCACUCGACUGUCGGUCAGACCAGGUCAGAAGGCUGACUCCCUGACCGUCUCCCACUCUGUCCUCUCUCUAUGGCUCUGCGUGUGGUGACCCUGAGCGCCGCGCUGGCCACCGCCGGCGCUGUCUGCCCCUCCCCGCAGUGGCUGCUGUACCGCGACCAAUGCUACUGGGCCUCGCCGUUCCCUCUCGAGUGGCGCUCCGUGGCCAGCGUGUGCGAGCUGCAGGCGCCCGGCUCGCGGCACGUCUCCGUGCACGACCUGCAGGUGGCGGCCUUUGUGGCCGAGCAGGUGCUGAACGGCACCGGCGGCUGGCUGGGACUGCGCCGGCCCAAUGAGAGCGCCGGCUGGCAGUGGUCAGACGGGACGCCGUACUACUGGCACGACUGGGCGGCCGGCCAGCCGCGAGGGGACGGGGAGCGCUGCGCCUACCUGCAGCGCGGCGGGACGGACGGCUGGAGGGACGGCGACUGCAUCGUCAGCUACCUGCGCUUCGUCUGCCAGACGGAGGACCAGCUCGUCACCACGACAGAGCCGCCGGAAACCACUCAGCCGUAUUCCACGACGGCGCAAGCCACCGAGAAUAGCGUGACUGUGAGCUAGAUAGUUCGAUCUUCCGUCGAACGGACUGCAAAUGGUAAAAUAUGGGGCGCACCUCCGCUCUGAAUCGACUUGUCAGGCUUCCAUUAAUUGUUUGGCUUGAGCGAUCGAAUUAAACAGAUCGUUAGGCAAUGGUCAUAAGUUCAAUUAAUGUGCUGCCGUCUAUCUACAAUAUUUGAAAGAAAUUAGCACCAACUACAGUCUACAAUAAACUUUUACUCCGUGCAAUGUUUUCUCUGAGAAAAUCGCGCACCGUGUGCCGCGUGUGAA